CCUCACCUCAACUCAUUUUAUCUUAUCAAAACAAAUCCCAAGGCCAUUUUGCUUUUUGUUUUGAUACCGCCGAUCUUCUCUCAAUUUUGGAGUUUUAGGCGUUUAUGAGAAUUCUGAAAUAAUCUUUAUUUUUACUGCAGAAAUUUCGGUUUUUGCAAAAUGACUUCUGCAUUCAGCAGCAAUGGCCAAAAUGUUAUUGAAAGGAUAGUCGUAGAGCAGCUUUCCGAACCUACGCCAGAAAAUUUGGUUCCAGAAGUCUACGAGCUCAAAAGAUGCGCAAAAUGGAUCAAUGUGCUUAAUUUGCAAAGCGUCUGUUUACAAUUUCCCAAUGAAAUGUUGAAAGAUUCUGUCCGAGUCUGCCAAGAGCUGAAAAAGAGAACCAGUUGCAAUAUUUUAAUUCUCGGAGACACAAACUAUGGAAGUUGCUGCAUUGACUUCAUUGCUGCUGAACAUGUUCCGUCCGAUGGCAUGAUUCAUUAUGGACACUCCUGCUUGUCAAAUGCUUACGAUCCAAAAAUCCCAAUUCUCUUUGUAUUUCCAAAAGUUCUGUCAGUGGACAAAAAGAGUUUAAAAGAGAAGCUGAAAAAAGAGAUUAAUGCUUUGGGCACAACACUGCUGAUUUUCGACUGCGAUUGCUGCCACAUAUUUGACUCUUCUGAUCUGCAGGACUUGCUCAACAUAUCUGUAGUUGGCAAACUGCUGACUGGGGAAAAUGAGGAUUUUGCCUCGGUUUUCUGUAAAGGUGUUUGUGGAGAGAAUUGCUUUAGGAGUGAACACAAUCCUAGGCAUCAACAUGAAAGUUUAGGGCGUGGAUUUUGCUUUUCUUCAGAGGUUAAUUUAAAAGAAGUUUCUGUGAUAUAUGUUGGCAGUGAAGGCCCAUAUUUGCACAACCUAAUAAUUUCCUGGAGCCAUAAGUUUAAAUGCGUGAAAUGUUUUAACAAUUCUGGACAGAGCUUCGAACCUUCUCUGAACUACUCGAGACUUCUGAGACGUCAACUGUUUUUGGCCCAGCAUGUAAAAGAGGCAACAUCAGUAGCCCUUGUUGUGGCUAACCCAGCCGACCCUUCAAUUUUGAGAGCUACGAGACAUGCUAAGCAUUUGCUGAAGAGUCGUCCAUCACCUCCAAGGAUUUAUACUCUUGCCGUUGGAAAGCCAAAUCCAGCAAAAUUAGCAAAUUUUCAAGAAAUUGAUGUCUUCUUAGUCUUUGCAUGCCCAAACAAUCCUUUGCUAUCACCGGAGAGCAGACAGGAGGAGAGCAAAGAGUAUUACAAACCCAUAGUUGGUCUGUCAGAAGUUGAACUGGCUCUUAAUCAAGGUCGAACAAAUGCAUCAAAUGACUACAAAGACUUAUUGGAAGGUGGUUUCGAUUACAUCCGUCUGCAGAAGCAGGAUUCAUCACUUGAGGCUGAUACCUCUUUGCUGACAGGAAAAGUAAUCAGCUUGAAAGUGUCGAGUGAAAACGAAAAGUCAAAAGCUCUUGUGUCCAGAGAAGAAAACUUGAAAAUCACAACUUUGUCUGUUGGUUCGCUCUUGGCACAGAGAACGUGGCAGGGGUUGGACCCAGAACUGGGCCAAAGCAGCCCCUCAUUAUUGUCAGAGGGUAGAUCUGGAAUCGCAUGUACUUACCAAGCUGAGCCCAAAAGUGAAAAAUAAAAUACAAGUACUGUUUAUUAUUUAGUUUGUAUCCAUAAUUUCAUUUUAAAUAAAAUUUGAGUUGUAAAUUGGA